CAGCACACACCUAAUAAAACUACUUCGUUACAUUUCGUUUCCUCUUUUAAUUCCAGCCCAUUUCAGGAAGACAAUCUGAGGAGACAUGGCGCAAGUUAGCAAAAUUUGUAGUGGAACACAAAACGCCAUCUUUUCUUCCCCAAAUCUUUCAAAAGGCCACCAGCCAAAAUCAGUUUUCUCAGUUUCGUUUAGACCACAGAGCAAAGGCUGUUCCAAUUCUUGGGGUUUGAAACACAAUGUUAGAUUGGGUAAUCAUGCAAUUCGCACAGUUAAGGUUUCAGCUUCAGUCGGUACCGCUGAGAAGCCAUCAAGUGUAUCCGAGAUUGUGUUGCAGCCUAUCAAUGAGAUUUCGGGUACAAUCAAAUUGCCGGGUUCCAAGUCGCUCUCCAAUAGGAUUCUCCUCCUCGCCGCCCUCUCUGAGGGAACAACUGUGGUAGACAACUUGUUGGAAAGUGAUGAUAUUUUCCACAUGCUUGUUGCCUUGAAAAAACUAGGAUUGAAUGUAGAAGAGGACAGUGCAAAUAGACGAGCAAUUGUGGAAGGCUGCGGUGGUCUGUUUCCAGUUGCUAAAGAAUCGAAAGGUGAAGUUGAACUGUUCCUUGGAAAUGCGGGGACAGCAAUGCGUCCAUUGACUGCUGCAGUAACUGCUGCUGGUGGCAAUUUGAGCUACCUACUUGAUGGAGUACCUCGAAUGAGAGAGAGACCAAUUGGGGACUUGGUCGAUGCUCUUAAACAGCUCGGUGCUGAUGCUGAUUGCUUUCAUGGUACAAAUUGCCCCCCUGUCCGUAUCAGUGGAAAAGGAGGCCUCCCAGGAGGAAAGGUGAAGCUUUCCGGAAAAAUUAGUAGUCAAUACUUGACUGCUUUGCUCAUGGCAGCGCCUUUGGCCCUCGGGGAUGUGGAAGUUGAGAUAAUUGAUAAGCUUAUUUCCAUUCCUUAUGUCGAGAUGACUUUGAAAUUGAUGGAACGUUUUGGGGUCACUGUAGAGCACAGUGAUAGCUGGGACCAGUUCUUCAUCCGGGGAGGUCAAAAAUACAAGUCUCCUGGAAAUGCAUUUGUGGAAGGUGAUGCUUCAAGUGCAAGUUACUUCCUAGCUGGUGCUGCAGUCACUGGUGGGACCAUCACAGUUGAAGGUUGUGGAACAACUAGUUUGCAGGGAGAUGUGCAAUUUGCUGAGGUUCUCGGGCAAAUGGGUGCUAAAGUUUCCUGGAAGGAGAACAGUGUCACUGUCACAGGACCACCUCGAACUCCUUAUGGAAGGAAACAUUUGCGAGCUAUUGAUGUCAACAUGAACAAGAUGCCAGAUGUUGCCAUGACUCUUGCUGUAGUUGCACUGUUUGCUGAUGGUCCCACUGCCAUUAGAGAUGUGGCAAGUUGGAGAGUAAAAGAGACUGAGCGUAUGAUUGCUGUUUGCACAGAACUCAGGAAGCUGGGAGCUACAGUUGAAGAAGGACCAGACUAUUGUGUGAUCACUCCACCAGAGAAACUAAAUGUGACCGCAAUUGACACUUAUGACGAUCACCGCAUGGCCAUGGCAUUCUCUCUUGCUGCCUGUGCAGAAGUUCCAGUCACCAUCAAGGAUCCUAGUUGCACAAGGAAAACUUUCCCCGACUACUUUGAUGUCCUCCAAAGGGUUUCAAAGCAUUAAAUAGAUCCUCCAAAGGGUUACAAAGCAAUAAAUAGAUCUUCCACAUUUGUUACAAGCGAGAGAAGUGAGCGAGAAAGUCUUUGCGACCCUGUCGCAUGGGAAAGCAAUCCUCUCUUCAUUUUGCGCGUGUCUGUAAUUUGUACUGAUAUGUAUGUGCAAGUUGAACCUGUUAUUUUAUUUUUUCCAAGACUGUAAGUUAUAGUUUACGUAUUUAUAAUGACUUUGAUUGUUUGAUGCUUA